CGAGUGUAGAGUCAAGUGGUACGAGGUGAACUGAGGGCGGCAGGAUGAUGGAGCAGCGACCCAGCCCGGGCUACCCCAACCUGUCUGACCUGCUGUACCAGCAGAACAUCGAGCGGCUCUCGGACAAGUUCGAGGGGUUCGGGGAGAACGAUGCGCCUUCGUCCACGGAGGAGGAGGACAGCAGCCAGUCCGCCUUCGGGGUGGACCUGACGGAGAAGGGCACGAGUCUGGGCGGCAAGUCGUUCACGAUCGCCGCCAUCUUGGGCCUGGCGGGCGGGGAAGGGGACGCCAUGAACCUGAGCGUGCAGGAGCGGCUGCAGGAGCGCCGCCAGCUCAGCUACCUGUACUCGCACGAUGUGCACGCCCUCAACGACGGGUUCUGUCGGACGCUCGGCGUGCCGGCGGCUCUGAGACAAGACGGCCCUCGGCCGGAGCUGCGGGCCGGCGGCGGCGCGCAGCUGAAGCCCCGCCCGCACCCCAUGACGUGCUCCAGCAGCUCAGGUCGAAGCAAGCGGAUACGAACGAUCUUCACGCCGGAGCAGCUGGAGCGGCUGGAGGCCGAGUUCGAGCGCCAGCAGUACAUGGUCGGCCCCGAGAGACUGUACCUCGCCCACGCGCUGCAGCUCACUGAGGCGCAGGUGAAGGUGUGGUUCCAGAACCGGCGCAUCAAGUGGAGGAAGCACCACCUGGAGGUGACGCAGCAGCGGCUAGCAGUGCUGCAGAGGCACAGGCCGGAGGGAGAGGACGUGUAGAUAGAGUAACCGAUAGAGAUAGAAAGGGGGAAGAAGCUGGCUUUAGACGUAGAGCUGU